AUGCGUAUUUCUGCGACACUUCGUCUGCUGGGAAUAACCCUCCUGGCAACUCUUGCAAGCGCUCAAGCUCCUGCACCAGCAGGCUGGCCACAGUUCUGGUUCAAAGGACAAGUCACCAACAAAGAAACAUUCAAAUACAACCCCACCAACGAGUUCAUCUUUCCUAGUAUUUUCCAUGCAGGACAAUAUCUGGACGAUCCUCUAGGAGAAUGGUAUCUCUACUAUGCUCCUCACGAGAACCCAGGCGGUAUAUCCCUCGUCUACUCGGAUAGCCUCGAGGGUCCAUGGAAAGAGUAUCCCAACAACCCCAUCAUCUCGAACAAGUGGGACUCUCACUAUUCAGUCCCACAUGUAUCCAGUCCAGAUGCUGCAUGGAACGAAGAAGCUGGCCGCAUGUUUCUCUACUUCCAUGGAGAUAACACAAAGACACGCUGGGCAGAGUCUAGCAAUGGCAUUGACUUUGAAUACGGCGGUAUAGCGGUUAGCAACGAAAUGGCUAGCUCCGAAACCACAGAGUCUAGUUAUGCACGCGUUUUUAAUCAUCCGAACUCGGCAUCAAAGUACAAGUACGCAAUGUUCUACAUGGCCAACGAAAAGGACAACAAGCGCAAGAUCAGACUCGCCGAGUCAGUAGAUGGUCGCAAAUGGGUUGUCGCCCCAGAUUACGUCGUCGCAGGUAAAGGUGUCGAGGGUGAUGAUUACUCUGGUGCCAACUACUGGGUCUGGAGAGGACAGGCGUACGUUAUUUAUCACAGUUCUUCGGGCAAGAUCUGGGCUCGGACUAUUGAUGCGACGCUACGAAAGGUGGGAUCAGAGCCAAUUCUUUUUUACCAGUCUCGUGGACAGGGUCAGGAUGUUGGACGUGUUGCGGCUCCUGAUUUUGCGACUUCUGGAGAGAAUAGUUAUCUGUUUUAUGAGUCUGGGCCUCGAUUGAAGGGGACGAUUGCUUGGGCAAAGAUGCAGAAACAGACGACGCGUUCUGUUGAAUGGGAGGCAUAG